AAAAUUGUCCCUGAGAAUAUUUAUCGUAUAUUAGCUCCUGUUUCUCUAGCUCAUCUUAUUAUGGCUGACGGUACUGCUGUAUCUGGUGGUAUAAGAAUUUGUACUGAUUCUUUUACUGUGCAAGAUGUAGUUAGAUUAGUUAAUGUGUUAAUCAUUAAAUACAGACUUAAAUGUACAUUACAUAUGGUGGAUAACAAACCUAGAAUAUUUAUUAGUUCAAAGUCUAUGGAUUUAUUGUCAUCCAUUAUAAAUCCCUACAUUGUACCUAGUAUGAAGUAUAAAUUAAUAACACAAUCUAGCAUAUCUAGCCAAAUAAAAAAGUAA